AUGUCUGCAGAAGCUUCCAAUAAGGGAGAAAAUACUGGGGACAAAUUGCCUACAGACGAAUAUGUGAGUAAAGCUUUUUCGAAGAUGGUUAUCGCUCCGCCAUCGUCGACUCGAAAGCAGCGUCCAAGCUCCAUAUUUGUGCCAUCGAGCAAAAGCAAAUUUGCCAGCCUCAAAGGACUCGAUAAACGCAAACCUCGAGAUGCAAUGGCUUCACGAGGUCCUGAUGAUCUCUCGCUCUUGAAAAACUCCCAGGUGAUCGAUCCAACAGUUGCAGCUCGUAAAGGCAAUGCAAGUUCCAAGCUUCUUGAGAAUAAGCCCGACGUUUUCUUUAUUCCCGUUCCUGUGGACAGCCCAUCAUGGGACGGUAAAGUUCGUCCAUCUGAUCUUCCCAGCGCUUCAGAACCACGUCACUCUCCUUCUAACCUUGUAGAUACGAUUCUCAGCGCCGUUUCUUCGGUGGAGAAUGAGCCUGUGCUACCUGUCCUAGACAUCAAGGGCCUCCGGACUACACUUUUGCCUCACCAAUUAAUAGGAGUGGAUUUUUUGCAGAAAAGAGAACUGCGCACUUCAGACAACAACGGUUUCCGUGGUGGAUUGCUUUGCGAUGACAUGGGAUUAGGGAAAACAAUUCAAAUCAUAGCUCUUCUUUUAUGCCACAAGUUAAAGCAGCCAACACUAAUUUUGUGCCCUGUAAGUUUAGCUACUCAAUGGGCCUCUGAAAUAAAUAAAUUUGCUCCAGAACUUCGUGUGCUGCGGUUCCAUGGCCCGAAGAGACCAAAAGAUUACAGAAGUCUCGAAAAUUACGAUAUCGUCAUAUCAUCUUAUGAGACAGUGCGAGUAGAAUGGUCUCAGCUGCAAUCAUCAGAUCGAACCUUUACGGGGACCAUUUUUCAUGAAAAGAUGCGGUGGGGCCGGGCAGUAUUAGAUGAAGCACAUGUAAUAAAAAAUAGCCAGAGUAAGACUGCUCGCGCAUGUUUCAGCAUAAAUGCAAAGUAUCGUUGGUGUGUCACUGGAACACCAAUACAGAACAGCUUGAAUGACUUGCAGAGUUUGUUUCAGUUCUUGAGAUUGGUUAAUCUUUCGGAUGCUAAAAAUUGGAAAAUUAACAUAUCGAAUGCCGUGUCAGCAGGUAAUCUUAAUGGUGUUACUGCAAAGUUAAUACGAGAAUUAAAACCAAUGAUGCUACGAAGAACGAAAGACAUAUUAAAGUUUGAGAAGCGUAUUCAACCUUCAAAGGGCGCAAAACAAACUUUUGAUGGGCCUUUACCUAAAAAGUUCUUCCAUUCGGAAUUCCUCUCAUUCUCUGCUGUUCAGCGGAAAUUAUAUGACGAUAUACGGAACGAGUAUGUCUCAGAAAUCGACAGUACGUUCGAUAUUGUAAAAUCUGAAAGGAAGCCCAAGAAUUGCGAGAAAGUCGACUAUUUGUAUGGUUAUAAUACACUGAGAUCUUACCUUUCUGCGUCAAAACUUAGUAUUGGUGUCAAUGAAGAUGCCCCAGGUCGAAAUAGUAGAAUGCGAAUUCUAGUGCAUCUUUUAAGAUUGAGGCAACUAUGCUGCGACUGGCGCUUGCUGACGGACAAAAACAAAAGCGAAUAUCAACAAGCUAAAAACCCAAACAAACGGGAAACAUCAAAUGAGACCAAUGAUGUGGCGGCUUUAUCCGCUAAGUUUUCAGCGAUGAACAUGGAUUCGGAUAAUGAUAGUAUGGGUAAGCCUGAAAAGUUGCUUUUUAGCAAUGAAUUUCCUAGUGUUAAAGUACAACGAUUGUUGGAAAUCCUGAAACAAGAGAGAUUUUUAGAUAAAAGACACAUUCCCAGAAAAACUAUAGUAUUUUCUCAAUUUACUCAAAUGCUGAGUCUUUUGAAAAUGGAUCUUGAUUUUCAUGGGAUUAAGAAUUGUUGUUAUUUCGGUAGCAUGUCUGUGGCGGAAAAAGAUCGCGUGAAGACACUAUUUGGAAACGAGCAAGAUUGUGAAGUUAUGCUUUGCUCCUUGAAAAGUGGCUCCUUGGGUCUCAAUUUAACAAUGGCUGAUCGUGUUAUUUUGUUCGAUCCUUGGUGGAAUCCAGCGAUUCAAGAUCAAGCCAUAGACAGAGUUUACCGUAUUGGCCAGAAAAGUUCCAGAGUUGAUGUUCAUGUUUUUAUCAUGAAAGGAACUGUCGAGCAAGAAAUAAUAGAACUUCAAGAUAGAAAGCGAAAUCUGGCAAAAAUGAUUGCAGAUGGAGAUAAGGAUGCUAUGAAUCAAUUAUAUUCCAAAUUGAGUACGCAGGACUUGAUAAAGCUAUUUGGGGUUAGUCAAGAAUAA